UUCAUCUCUGGUCUCAAUACUAUUCACACAAACUCUCUCUGACUAGUGAUAUCUAUCCAUGGAGGCCAAGAACUUGUGGCGCUUCCUGGUUCUUUCAAUCGGUGUGGUACUAGUUUUACUUGUCACUUGGCUGCCCAACAAGGAGGCUCUAGACUGCAACCUUUACUCUGGAUGGUGCACCUCAAAGAACCGGUUCUACUCUUCAGCACAUCCUAAUAAUCCGAUUAAGAAACCAUCAUUUUCCACAUAUCAUCAUCACAAGAACCAACACCAUGAAUCCGAGAUUCCUCAACACCCUCUUGACCCUCUAACCAUCCAAGAGUUCAACAAGGUCCGCACCAUCCUUUUGAACUACCCUCUCUUCAAGUCCUCAUCCAGCUACACUCUCAACUCCGUUGUCCUUGAAGAGCCAGACAAAAAACUUGUCCUCAAAUGGAAAAAGGGUGAUCUACCCUUGCCUAGGAAGGCUUCCGUGGUUGCAUAUGUGAAGGGAGACUCACAUGUGCUCACGGUGGACCUCGAAACCGGCCAGGUGGUGAGCCAGGAAGCCAUCACCUGGUCGGUCUCGGGUUACCCCACCAUGACCCUAGAGGACAUGGUGGGAGUACUUGAGGUUCCCCUCAAGAGCACCGAAUUCAACCGCUCCAUCACUAAACGCGGUGUCAAUUUAGCAGACCUGGCAUGCUUGCCAAUCUCUUCAGGGUGGUAUGGGACACAAGUGGAGGAGAAUACAAGGUUGAUUAAGGUGCAGUGCUAUUCCAAAGAAGGCACUGUGAACUUCUACAUGAAACCAAUUGAGGGUGUGACUGCCUUGGUUGACAUGAAUAAAAAAGAGGUGCUGUCAAUUUCAGAUAAUGGCCAAAACAUCCCUGUGGCUAAUGGAAUUAACACUGACUACCGUUACUCCAUUCAGAAGCUGAAUGGAGGAGAGUUGAGGAUGCUGAAUCCAAUAUCCUUGGAGCAACCAAAAGGUCCAAGCUUCACAAUUAAUGGGCACUUGGUGAAAUGGGCAAACUGGGAAUUUCAUCUGAGACCAGACCCAAGAGCUGGGAUCAUAAUUUCACAAGCCAAGGUGAGGGACCCUGACACAUCAAAGCUGAGAAGUGUAAUGUACAAAGGGUUCACCUCUGAGCUAUUUGUGCCAUACAUGGAUCCCACACAAGAUUGGUACUUUAAGACAUACAUGGAUGCUGGUGAGUAUGGAUUUGGGUUGCAGGCAAUGCCACUAGACCCCUUGAAUGAUUGCCCCAAGAAUGCUUACUACAUGGAUGGUGUCUUUGCCUCUUCCGAUGGAACACCAUAUCUCCAACCCAACAUGAUUUGCAUUUUUGAGAGUUAUGCUGGUGACAUUGCGUGGCGACAUGCAGAGUGCCCCAUCACUGACCUCAAGGUUACAGAAGUGAGGCCAAAGGUGACACUAGUGGUUAGGAUGGCAGCAGCAGUAGCAAACUAUGACUAUAUCGUGGAUUGGGAAUUUCAAACUGAUGGGCUAAUCAGAGCAAAGGUUGGACUGAGUGGUAUCUUGAUGGUGAAAGGAACUACCUAUGAGAAUAUGGAUCAAGUUCCCAACCAAGAAUAUCUUUAUGGAACCCUUUUGAGUGAAAACAUUAUAGGUGUAAUCCAUGACCAUUUUAUCACAUAUUACCUAGAUAUGGACGUUGAUGGCUCUGACAAUUCAUUUGUUGAGGUAAACAUAAAGAAGCAAGAGACCUCUCCAGGAGAAUCACCCAGAAAGAGUUAUCUAAAAGCUGUUAAAAAAGUGGCAAAGACAGAGAAAGAUGCUCAAAUAAGACUUCAACUCUAUGACCCAUCGGAAUUUCAUGUGGUGAACCCAUUGAAGAAGACAAGGAUAGGGAACCCUGUUGGGUACAAAUUGGUUCCAGGUGCCACAGCAGCUAGCCUGCUGGAUCCAGAAGAUCCUCCACAGAAAAGAGCAGCUUUUACAAACAAUCAAAUAUGGGUUACUCCUUACAACAAAAGUGAGCAAUGGGCUGGUGGUUUAUUUGCUUACCAGAGCAAAGGGGAUGAUACUCUUCAAGUCUGGUCCAACAGGGAUCGUCCAAUUGAGAAUAAAGACAUUGUUUUGUGGUACACAAUAGGGUUCCAUCAUAUACCCUGUCAAGAGGACUAUCCUGUCAUGCCUACUGUAUCAUCAAGUUUUGAUUUGAAGCCUGCUAAUUUCUUUGAGAGAAAUCCAAUCCUUGGAGUCCCUCCCAAUUUCGAAGAUGAUUUACCUGUUUGCAAGGCUCGUGAUUCAGCUUGAGAUCCCAUCAGUUGGUUUUUAGUCUAAUUAGAUACAUGCUUUAUUUAUGCAUGUAGCAAAUGAUGAUGCCCAAACUGAACUUUAAACCUAACUUAAAGUAAAGAGGGUCUAGUUCUGUUGAUUAAACAGAAUGUAUAAAUAUUGUAAAACCUUUUGAUACCAUGUUUAAUUCUUAUGUAUAAGAAAAAUUAUGAUGUUAAAAAUCUAGAAAGUGACUUGAAUCAAUAUAAAUAAAUUUGUGAAUUCAAUCACAGUUUGAAUAUCACAUAAACU